ACACUUGCCAGUAGUAACUAUAAAAUCAAGUCUCAGCCAGCAUAGCUUUCCACUUCAACUCAAAAGUACUACAAGAUGAUGACUAAAAUCUGUCUCCUUCUUGCUCUCUGCUCUCUUUCUAUUUUCUCGUCACCCUCCCAUGCCGCCCGCUCCGCCGCCUGGGAUCCCCCUGCCGCCGACCUACAAGACCAUAGCACCGCCGUAGUUUCCACUGAAAGUAACUCCAACAACCCUCCUUGGGUUCCACCGGAAUGGUUUUACAGCUUGUUUCCUCCUCAGACGGCCAAGAAGAUCAGAGAUCAAGUGGGUAUCAUCACAGAUUGGAUGAAGCACUUUCAGCCUCCCAACGGCGGCGGCAAUUAUCCCUAUCCCCUCCCACCGCCGCUUAAUCAAAAACCUGUUGCCCCGACGAUCCCUAAAGUUCAGCCACCGCCGGUGAAACAAGAACCCAUUGCCCUGCCCCCAUGGACCCCUGAAGUGCAGCCACCGCCGGUUAAACAACCCAUUGCGCCGUCCCCAUCGACCCCUAAAGUGCAGCCACCGCCGGUAAAUCAAGAACCCAUUGCUCCAUCACCGUCUACCCCUAAAGUGCAGCCACCGGUAAAACAAGAACCCAUUGCCCCAUCACCGUCGACCCCAAAGGUGCAGCCACCGGUAAAACAAGAACCCAUUGCCCCGGCCCCGUCGACCCCAAAAGUGCAGCCACCGGUAAAACAAGAACCCAUUGCCCCAUCGACCCCAAAAGUGCAGCCACCGGUAAAACAAGAACCCAUUGCCCCGUCGACCCCUAAAGUGCAGCCACCGGUAAAACAAGAACCCAUUGCCCCGUCCACCCCUAAAGUGCAGCCACCGGCAAAACAACCGAUUGCCCCGUCCAUCCCUAAAGUGCAGCCACCGGCAAAACAACCCAUUGCCCCGUCGCCCCCUAAAGUGCAGCCACCGCCGGUUAACCAACAACCCAUUGCCCCGUCGACCCCUAAAGUGCAGCCACCGCCGGUUAACCAACAACCCAUUACCCCGUGGACCCCUAAAGUGCAGCCGCCGCCGGUUAACCAACAACCCAUUACCCCGUGGACCCCUAAAGUGCAGCCGCCACCUGUUAACCAACAACCCAUUACCCCGUGGACCCCUAAAGUGAAGCCGCCACCUGUUCAAGAACAGCCAGUUUCUCCGCCGGUUGGGAAGUGCUCCGCCGUGGAAAAAGUAUGGGACACAUGCGCGCACAAGCACGAGGCGGCGUAUUCGGUGAACUGGGGGUAUGCAUGGCACUGCACGUACAACGAUAACUGUUGCAAAACGGUGCUUUUCGUUAGCGACGAAUGUAUGAACCUUAAUCCUUUGAUCAGGAGUAUCAAGCAUAUCUGUUGCCCAGGUGCAUGAAGAGGAUUGAAUUAUUGAUCGUCUUAGAUUAUACAUAUCGAUCUUUUAAUAAUUACAGUAGCUUUUUAGGUGGCUUGUACAGCUAGCUAGUUAGCUCAUUCUAUUUAUAAAUAAAUAGUUUUAAGAAGGUUAGCUAUUUAAUUAGCUAGUUUCAAUUCUUGCUAAUUUCCUAUUGUAAAUAAUCAUUUUUUUUUU